CGCUAGCGGUCUCUGGCGUUCACGAACAGUAUCAGUAGUUUGCGAGUCGGAGUCAGAAAUUAUUCAAAAUUCAAGAUGGCCAUGUGUCACGAUGGUGUCUUGAAUUGUAAUAGUUAACUUUAUUUGUUUUGUGUGAGAAAAGUGCUUUGCCAUGAUGGCUGACUUAAGUGUUGAUAUAUUAAAGUUGCCGGAGGAAGUAAGGGACAAGUUAGCAGAACUAGACUUGGAGUUAUCCGAAGGUGACAUCACACAAAAGGGCUAUGAGAAGAAACGGACGCGCCUCCUUGCUCCAUACAUUCCACAGCAGCAGCCACAAGUUGGUAGUCAGCCGCCUCGGGGCCCGCGAGGCGAUGGCGGCAGCAGCCGACAGCACACGAGGAAUCGACGCACACAUCGCCGCGUCACGCACAAUGAGAAGAGAUACCAUUCAGUUUGUUUUCCAGAAGUGAGACAGGAGGCGGUUCAACAAGCUCUGGCUGAGAUGCAGAACAGACCGAAGCCCUCACUGCCGAUGCCUUCCAAGAGGACCUCCAUGAUGGCCAAGAGCCCUGACAGGGAGAGACAUGACCUCUCCUCAUCAUCUGACGAAGACUCAUGCGCCGGCGAUACGGAGCUCCCCCCGCCGCCGGAGCUGGGGUCCCCACCAGCUCGCCGCCCCGCCGCCCCUCACCCCCGCGCACACCCUCAUCCAUUACCGCAACAGCCCCAUCACCUCCGCGAGAAGAAGCACGCGCCCCGGGAACGCACCGAGAUGCGCGAACGCACUGAACUGCGAGAACGUACUGAGAUUGAUUUAUCCGACAUUACCCACCUGCCUGCUUACAUCCAGCCUGAUGUGACUCAUGCUUCAUCAGGCGCGCGCCGCGGUGGAGCCCUGGUUGCUGACAGGGUGCAGUGCUACGCGCAACCAGAGGACACCGGUACCGGCACCGGCCGAUGGAAGGUAAGCGUGUCAGCGAAGAUACAGCAACUUCUUAACACGCUGAAGCGUCCAAAACGCCGGCCGCUGCCGGAAUUUUACGAAGACGACGAUAUUGAACUCGAGCUGGCUGCCAACCCUAAGGAUCCCAACGCUCCGAAGCCGGAAGGCGGGACCAUGACACCAGCCGUAGGAGAACAACUUGUUGUCCCUUCAGGGCUGCCUCGCAACCUUGAAGCGGCUCUACAGAGAUAUGGAACAGCCUCGUUUAAAGCCAACGUGGCGACGGUGUUGGACCCCAACGGCAAACUUAGCAAUUCGCUCAAUUAUGGUAAACUGCUCAGUCGAUCGCUCAAAAUAGCUCACGCUUUACUGAACAAGACGUUCACCUCGAAGACUAGUAGUGGUGGACCCCUGACUGGGGACAACUCGAUAAAGCCGGGGGAUCGCGUGGCGCUGGUUUACCCGAACAACGAUCCCAUCAACUUCAUGUGCGCCUUCUAUGGGUGCCUGCAGGCGGGCAUUGUGCCCGUCCCGAUUGAGGUGCCGCUGACGCGCCGUGACGCCGGCUUGCAGCAAGUUGGCUUCCUUCUCGGCUCCUGCGGCAUUCAGUACGCGCUCACUUCCGAUAAUUGCUUAAAAGGAUUGCCAAAGACGUCAUCAGGGGAUGUAGUAUCAUUCCGCGGUUGGCCGUCCCUACAAUGGGUGUCGACUGAGAAGCUACCCCGCCCCCCGCGGGACUGGAUCCCUCCGCCGAGACCUGCGGAAGAUAGUCCUGCUCACAUCGAGCAUACAUCAGCAGCUGAUGGAUCCGCUAUGGGCGUUAUAGUCACCAGGGCUUCAAUGCUGGCCCACAGUCGCAUGCUCUCAGUGGCUUGCAACUACACGGAGGGUGAGCACAUGGUCUGCGUACUGGACUUCAAGCGCGAGACCGGGCUGUGGCACGCGGUACUGGCGAGCGUGCUCAAUGGCAUGCACGUCAUAUUCAUACCGUACGCGCUGAUGAAGGUCAGCCCCGCCUCCUGGAUGCACAUGAUCACCAAGUACCGGGCAUCGGUCGCUAUAGUGAAGUCCCGUGACUUGCACUGGGGUCUGUUAGCUACCCGUGACCACAAGGAGAUCUCACUCAGUUCACUGCGUAUGCUGUUAGUUGCCGAUGGAGCUAAUCCAUGGUCGCUGUCUUCUUGCGACCAGUUCUUGUCAGUUUUCCAGAGCAAAGGCGUGCGAGGCGAUGCCAUCUGCCCUUGCGCAUGCAGCAGCGAGUCCUUGACUGUUUGCGUUCGUCGCGCGGGCCGCGGCGGCGCCUCCGCCGGUCGAGGCGUACUCUCCAUGUCUGGCCUAUCUUACGGAGUUGUUCGCGUCGACGCCGAGAACUCUCUCACAUCGCUCACUCUGCAAGACUGCGGACAAGUCAUGCCCUCAUGCGUAAUAGUAGUUGUGAAAAUGGAGGGUCCCGCAUAUCUUUGCAAGACGGAUGAAGUGGGCGAAAUCUGCGUAUUGUCCGGGGCCACCGGGUCUGGAUACUGGGGCCUUCCCGGGCUCACUAAUACAGUGUUCCGUGUGCGACCCCUCGAUGCUGACGGAGAACCGAUUGGAGAAGAACAUUAUGUGAGAAGCGGCCUGCUGGGAUUCUUGGGGCCUGGCGGUCUAGUCUUCGUGUGCGGAUCCCGCGACGGGCUAAUGACGGUGACUGGCCGUAAACACAACAUGGAUGACAUUAUCGCCACCGUGCUGGCCGUGGAACCCAUGAAGUUCAUCUACAGAGGCCGUAUAGCAGUGUUCUCGGUCAGGGUGUUGCGUGACGAGAGGAUCUGCAUUGUGGCUGAACAACGACCCGAUUGCGGUGAAGAAGAGUCAUUCCAAUGGAUGUCCCGGGUUCUGCAAGCCGUGGACUCUAUCCAUCAAGUCGGCAUCUACUGCUUGGCCCUCGUUCAACCGAACUAUUUGCCCAAGACUCCUCUCGGUGGCAUUCACUUGAGCGAAUGCAAGCGCCGCUUCUUGGAAGGCACUCUGCACCCGGCCAAUGUGCUCAUGUGCCCACAUACUUGCGUCACCAAUCUGCCUAAGCCGAGGGAAAUACAUUCUGAUGUGGGCCCUGCUUCUGUGAUAGUGGGCAACUUGGUGCAAGGAAACCGGCUUGCAUCUGCUCAGGGACGCGACAUGGGAUAUACCGAUGAUUCCGAUGCUGCUAGAAAGUAUCAGUUCAUAUCUCAAAUAUUGCGCUGGCGUGCAUUGAGCACUUCAGACCAUGUGAUAUUCACGUUGCUCAACUCGAAGGGAGCUGUAUCAAAGAUACUGACAUGCGCGGAACUGCACAAGAAAGCUGAGCGCAUCGGCAAUCUGUUGCUGGAGAAGGGACGCGUGAACACGGGCGACCACGUGGCACUCAUAUUCCCACCGGGACUUGAUCUCAUUUGCGCCUUCUACGGGUGUCUGUACGUGGGCGCGGUCCCGGUCACCAUCCGCCCGCCGCACCCGCAGAACCUGCACACCACGCUGCCCACCGUCAGGAUGAUCGUCGACGUCAGCAAGGCCACUCUCGUCCUCUCCAACCAAUCUGUGAUAAAACUGCUGCGCUCUAAAGAAGCCAGCAAUGUUCUCGAUAGCAAGGCCUGGCCGCUCACUCUGGACACGGAUGACAUGCCCAAGAAAAAGCUCCCCAUACUGUACCGCGCCCCGACCGCGGAAAUGCUCGCGUAUUUGGACUUCAGCGUUUCCACUACGGGAAUGUUAGCUGGUAUCAAAAUGUCCCACGCGGCGGUGACAUCACUGUGCCGUUCAAUGAAAAUCGCGUGCGAAUUGUACCCAUCUCGCCACAUUGCUCUUUGCCUCGACCCAUACUGUGGCCUUGGAUUCGCUCUAUGGUGCCUCAGCAGCAUCUACUCCGGACAUCACUCCAUACUCAUUCCUCCCUCCGAAGUCGAGAUUAACCCUGCUCUGUGGCUAAGUGCUGUCUCUCAGUACAAAGUACGAGACACAUUCUGCUCGUAUGGCGUCAUGGAACUAUGCACCAAAGGAUUGGGCAGCUCAGUCAAUACGCUCAAAGCCAAAGGUAUUAGCUUGGCGUGCGUCAGGACAUGUGUAGUCGUUGCUGAGGAGCGUCCGCGCAUUAACUUGACCAAUUCGUUCUCGAAACUAUUCUCUGCUCUCGGCCUCAGUCCGCGUGCUGUAUCUACAUCGUUCGGCUGCCGCGUUAACAUAGCCAUUUGCCUUCAAGGCGCAUCUAGUCCUGAACCAUCUACUGUAUACGUUGAUCUACGUGCUCUCAGAAAUGACCGUGUUUCUCUCGUCGAGCGAGGCAGCCCCCAUUCACUAUGCCUCAUGGAGUCUGGUAAACUAUUGCCUGGAGUUAAAGUUAUCACUGCUAACCCGGAGACUAAAGGCCAAUGCGGUGACUCUCAUCUGGGAGAAAUAUGGGUACAGUCACCGCACAAUGCGAGUGGUUACUUCACAAUAUACGGCGACGAAAGCGACUACGCCGAUCACUUCAGUGCUCAGCUGGUGACGGGUAAUACGGGCGAAGUGUACGCGCGUACUGGCUACUUGGGCUUCUUGCGUCGCACGGAGAUCAGUGCGACUAGCCACGUGUCGGACGACACGUCGAUGGUGACGCGCGACAGUGACACGGAGUCGCUGGCGUCGGCGUGCGGCAGUCUGAACAUAAGCGCCGACACGCACGACACGCACGACGCAGUGUUCGUAGUGGGCGCGCUCGACGAGACCAUCAUGCUGCGCGGCAUGAGAUAUCAUCCCAUUGAUAUCGAGAACUCCGUUAUGAGGUGCCACAAGAAGAUCGCUGAAUGCGCCGUGUUCACAUGGACGAACCUGUUGGUGGUAGUAGUGGAGCUGGACGGCAACGACAGCGAGGCUCUCAACCUCGUGCCUCUCGUCACCAACACCGUGCUCGAAGAACAUCACCUGAUAGUAGGCGUCGUCGUAGUAGUCGACCCCGGCGUCGUGCCCAUCAACUCGCGAGGAGAGAAGCAGCGCAUGCACCUGCGAGACGGAUUCCUGUCCGACCAGAUCGACGCCAUCUACAUAGCGUACAAUAUGUAGGCCGCGAGACGAGGCCGGCCCGCCAGCCGGUCCAAGCUAGCGCGCUCCUCGAGCCAGCGCUAAGCUUAUUCACAUACAAAUCCCGGUUUUUACUUACAACUGCAUCACAUAAGCGCGAGUUUACGUAUGACCGUUACUUUAAUUGAGUACGCUAUUGUUAAUCUGAACGUGAAUCUUACGUGGUGGCACUUUUUUGAACCCGGAGUAAUAUUUUUUUGCUGACUUAGUAGAACUAUAGUACCACAAUGGUUUUGUUUUCUAAACGCUGUGUGAUGGUAAUCGUUAAUCUGCGCUAACUCGCGUUUCAUGUGAACUUAGCCACGAGUCAGUGAACCCAACUUCGACUUUAGUUUGUCUCCCUUCGUGUUUAUGUAAUAACGGAAGAUCUAAAGACUGCAACCGCGAAUUAUUUGUAAGUUGUUGCGACUUGACAUGACGAUCCGAAGUCGCAGCUAGACUGAUGUAAGUCUGAACUUAGAUUGUUUUGCCUGUGUCCCUUGUCCUCAUCACGUAACUGACUCUAAUUUGACAUAAUACAAUGAUUGCAGCAAACGGUCGUUUUGUUCGUUCGGCCGACGCGACUUAUCGGUCGCGGGCUUAUGCACGUGUUUUGAUUCUACAAAACUUUCGCGUUUAGAAUAGUUAUCGUAAGGCCUGGCCUAAGUUUAUAACUUGACUUUAAAUAUUUCACAAAUUUACGAGUUUACAAAAGUUUUUGGAUAGUUUACAAACUUUUAUUUAGUUGUAGACAUGCAAGUCCCGCAAUCUGCCGGGAAUGUUGGGCGUCACUAGUCUAGAGUACAACGUCGCAUAGCAGCGCCACCCGAACGGUGCAUGAAAACUGCAACUCAUAUUGCAUACAUAAAGCUUCAACAACUAACCGCGUGAUGACUCUCAACUACAAUUAAUAAAUUAAAAUAUUAUUAAUGAAUUGCAAUAUUAGAUAAUAAUAAUUAUAAUGAAUCCUUAAAUUGACAUUAUUUAUGUUAUUUCGAUAAGUCGUACAUAGACUUUGUUAUUGUUGUGUACUUCGAUUUAAAGCAGGCCUUCGAAAGGGUAGUUAAGUUAGAUAAAUAGUAUCCUGUUUUGCCAUAUUUAGUAAGGAAUCUAAAAGAAUUUCGAAUAGAUAACAUACAGACCGUAGCAGUGUGCACACAUCGUAAAACGAAGAAGCAAAGUGGCCCUCGAAGGCCACAUCUUGGUUAAUAUCUCAAUUUCUAAAGUACCAUUAAAUUGUAUAUUAUUGACAAUGAUUGUACUCGUCGCACAAAAAAAUUAAAUGAAUGUUUCUAUAAUCUUUAUAGCGACACAAACCGGCAACAUAACUGUGUGCUACAAACCUGUCAGGCAUUUCUGACAAAACCGUGGCCACUUCAAUAAUGACUGCUUAUCUAAAAUGUAUGAGUGGAGAUGGAAGUCUUGUAGAAUCAAAAAGUGGCACAAGUUCAUCUAGUUGGAUUUUAGACUUGUUAGUAGGAAAUAAUAAACGACAGACGAUACGCUCGUGACUUUUCCGAAACACAAUUAUAUUGUUGUGUUUAUUGUGAAUCAGAUGAUUUCUAAUGCUAGUGUGUAUGUUAAAUUAUGUAUUACGAUAAUAUACUUAGUAUUAGCGAUUAUUGCAAGUAAAAUGUAUUGCAUUUAAAGUGUUAACGUUAGAUUUUCAGUUAUUUUGAUCGUUGACUAUAAUUUGGCGCUAAAUGUUCUCGCUGGCGAUUUUGAUCUGUUGAAGUGGUUUUUUUACAUUUCUAAAACGUUGAAACAAUAUUUUUGUUUUACUUAAAAUCUCCUAGAAGUUAGGACAUUUAAGUUAUUCGUAAUAGUUUUCUGUAUUCAAUUAUACGAUUAAUCAUAGAAAUAGCCGUGAUUUUUGCUAGUAUCAAUGUUUUACUAAGACCUGUGUUGUAGGACGAUACUCAAGCAUAUGGAUCUCGCUUUGAUUCGAAUCAAUUAAACAGAUCCUUAAGUUAGUGUGGAUUUCAAUCCCCCCUCGUAUGUACGCUUGAGCAACGUUUUAUAAUACUGAAGUAAAUGUCAACCAAUACGGAAGUUUUUGAAAUCUUGUUGUCUAUUGGAAUUUUUCAGAUAUUUCAAUCAAUAUGGAUGUCUAGCAAGCUUGUCACAUAGGACAGUAAUUUCGUUGUUCAUUCUUCGUAUAUUCUCAGUGUAAAGCAAAUAUAAUGCUUACUCAACACAUCUGUUUCGUGUCUAUUCAAUGUUAGAUCUCAAUGAAUAAGAAAUAGUAAUAAUUAAUAAUACAUUCUAUGUACGAUAUCAAUGGCGUGUUGUUAAACCUUUCAACAGAUUUCAUAAAAAUUAUUGUCUCUUAUAUUCCAUUCCAGUAUGCGUUCAGAACGAUUAUUACAUAAAAUAAUAAAAGAAAAAGUAUGUUCGUCUUUAUUAGAUUCCAUUAUUUACUAUUAUUAUUUUGUAAUUAUUUAUUGCUAAAUUGUACAUAUAUUUUUGUUAUUUAAUUUUACGUUAAAUGAUUUCCUUAUUUAGCUUAUAAAUGUUAUUUUAUGAGGCAUUGAAGAUUUCAUUCAUAUAAUUAAUUGAUUAGGAAUCAAAAAUUGUUUCGAUCAAUGAAUUCAUGUACGUAUAGAAAAUAGUUCAGAAUAUUCCUUUAGUUACAUUUAUGAAGUUAUAAUUUACGAUUUAAAAAAAUGUAGUCAUUAAAUAAAUAAGUAUACAAGUAGAUUAAACUCAGUUUUAUGAACAAACGUUUGUUAAUUAUAAUCCUUGAUUGUGUAAGCAUGUUUGUGAGUCUGGUAGUAGUCUCGUAAGCACUGACGCCCGCGGGCGGCACACUAACCGCACACGCAUUGUCCCCAUUGUAUACUUACCAUUUAACAUUUUUGUAAAACUUUUAUUGCGCACAAAAAUUCGAAACUAAUUUUUGGUAACUUUAUAACCCGUUUUUUUCUACUGUUCCUUCGAAUUUUUGUACCACAGUCGCCAAAGACAUUAUUUGGAACUUUAUGACAGCUUUUACAAUUUGUGAUUGUUUUUUUUUCUGGAAAUGAAUAAAUAAACGUGCAUUCUG